UUAAAGACUAUUCGAGUUUUCAUGAAGUGACGUGGAGAUGCCGUUGGCCUUGCUAUAUAUUCGUGCAUGAAGUUGAUCAUGAGGCAGCACCAGACCAUUGUCUCCCAACAAAAGCAUCAGCUCUGCAACCUCCUCUCAAACACUCCUCAACCCCUGCUUUUCCCAUCGAAAAUGGCGGAAGCAGUGCUCUUCAACCUUGCAACUGACAUACUGAAAAGCCUCGCCACUGAAAUGGCGAAACGUGGAGGCUCCUUCGCUUCUCAGAAUAUCCAGUUACUCUGCUGUGCCAAGGACGAGCUCCAAAGCCUUGAAGACACCGUCCGGACCAUCCAAGCUGUGCUUUUGGAUGCUGAAAGACAGCAAUGGCACAACAAUGAGCUCAAGCUCUGGCUCAAGAGGCUCAAGGAUAUGCUGUGCGAGUUACAGGAUUUGCUCGACGAUGUCGCAACCGAAGAUCUGAGGUGGAAGGUCACUUCUGGCAACAAGAUGUUGAAAGCAGUACGCAUUUUCUUCUCUAAAUCAAAUCAGCUUGCACACCAUCUCAAAGUGGCUAAUAAGAUUCAGGAACUUAGGAAGAAACUGGUUCGGCUUAAAAAUGAUAGGGAGUUCAAUUUGGAGCGGCAUCUGAGUGAGGCAACUCUUUCUAUUGUGAGGAGGACAACUCACUCUUUUGCGCGCGAGGAAGAAAUAAUUGGUAGAGAAGAGGAUAAGAAGAAGAUAAUCGCACAUUUGCUUGAUUCCUCCUCCAGAGAGAGUGUGUCGGUUGUUUCCAUCGUUGGUAUAGGAGGACUUGGAAAAACCGCGCUUGCUGAGCUGGUAUAUAACGAUGAUAAGGUGAACGAUUAUUUCGAGCUUAAGAUGUGGGUGUGUCACGGGGAUCCUAAAAUCUUUGAUGUGGAUUUGAUCAUCAAAGACAUAUUGAAGUCUGCCCAAGACGAGUGUCGAGAGGAUCCUGAGAUGAGGAGAGAUCUGCAAGACCUUGAGAAAAAAUCUAAGGACCAGUUGCAAAGGCUCCUUCGUAAGGUACUAGACGGGAAGAAAUACUUGCUUGUUUUGGAUGACUUGUGGAAUGAAGAUCGCCUGAGAUGGUUGGAGCUCCAACCUUUGCUAAUAGGUGGUUCAUGGGGGAGCAAGAUACUCGUAACCACCCGCAGUAAAUCAGUUGUCCACGCUGCAGAAGCGAAAUCAGUUAUCCAUGUUCUACGUGGCUUAUCUGAAGAUAAGUCGUGGGAUUUAUUCAAGAAAAUGGCUUUUGGAGAUGGGGAACAAUCAUUUGACCCAGCGCUUGAGAAGAUAGGUCGAGACAUUGUUAAAAAAUGCCGCUGUGUUCCCCUUGCCAUCAAAACUGUAGGCAGCCUUUUAUACAACAAAAAGGAAAAUGAGUGGCUGUAUUUGCAAGAGCAUGAACUUUCAAAAAUAGAUAAGUUGGACCAUGGUUUUAUGGAAGUCCUCAAGUUCAGCUACAAUCAUCUUCCGUCAUGGUUAAAGCAUUGUUUUGCAUAUUGUGCUUUGUUUCCAAAGGAUUUUGUCUUUGAUAAACAUACAAUGAUACAGCUUUGGAUGGCACAAGGCUUUAUUGAGUCAUCGGACGCGAACAAGGACCUAGAACAAAUCGGGGAUAGUUAUGUCUCGGACCUACUGUGUAGGUCAUUCCUUGAAGUUGAACAGGUCCAUCCUUCCACAGGUGAGGUGACAGCAUUCAUGAUGCACGAUCUCAUGCACGAUCUUGCCUUGGCAGUCGCAGGAGAUGAGUGCAAGAUGUUUAAUCUCAAUGAAGGAGGCAUCGCUAGAGGAAUCCGACAUGCAUCAUUUGUUUCACAAUCGUUCUCGCUACAGGAAAUGACCUCUCUACUUGAAGAGAGCAAUCUACGAACAUUUCUCUAUAUGAACAGGAGAACAUUUGGAGAGCUAUCGAUCCAAAAUGAAUAUCAGGCAAAUCUCUCCAAGUUUAGGCAUUGCCGAGCGUUGGGUUUUAGCGAUGCAAAUUUUUGUAUCCCUCCCUCCUUGGGAAGUCAAUUGAAACACUUAAGAUUUCUUGAUCUCUCUGGCAAUAGAUUCAUUGAGAGUUUGCCAGAUUCAAUCACGGAUUUAUUGCACUUGCAAACCCUUAACCUCUCUGGUUGCCUUCAACUUAAAACACUUCCAAGAGAUUUGAGGAAAUUGGUCAACCUUAGACACCUCUUAAUUGAUGGGUGUUCCUCACUGAGCCACAUGCCAUGCGGGUUGAACCACUUGUCUUUGCUUCAUACUUUAUCCCAAUUCACCUUAUCAAAGAUGGACCAUAAAGUACCCGGUGGUGUGGGGAGUGUAGAUGAACUGGGUGAGUUAAACAAAUUGGUUGGGUCCAUUACUCUUCAAAAGUUGGAGUUCCUUCAACUGGCACCAAAUAAAGGUUACUUGAGGGAGAAGCAACAUCUCCGUACCUUGGAGCUAGAGUGGUCGACGGAGCAGCAAGACGACAAAAGCGAGAGUGAUGAAUUGAUCUUGUGGGAGAACCUCAGACCGCACCCAAAUCUAGCCGAUUUGAACAUAUCCUCUUAUAUGGGUAGGAGUCCGCCAAACUGGCUUUCCUCCACCAAGAAUCUUGUUGAGCUCACACUCUUGCAUUGUAAAGGAUGGAAGUACUUGCCAUCUGUGAGUGAACUCCCUUCCCUUAGACAGUUGGCUCUCGUUUCUUUGGAUGCAUUGGAGUUUGUUCAAGAGAUAAGUGACCCAACGCAAUCUAAUACUGCAAGCCCCUUCUUCCCAUCUCUGGAGAAACUGCACCUCUACCACUGUGGCAAGCUAAAAGGAUGGUGGGGAAGAAGGCAACUGGUGGGAGCAGAUCAAGAUUAUCUCCAGUAUGAUUCUCAAUCAUCAUUCUCAAAACUUUCAUUGAUGGAUAUAUCCGAUUGUCCCCUUCUGAAUUCCGUGCCACUGUUCCCCUGGAUAGAAACGUUGCGAAUAGAUGGAGUUAGUGCGAAGCUAUUGGUACAACAAGUGAUGGCCUUUCAAAAUGCUACAUCAGAAGGAGCAGUAGUUUCCACGUCCAUCCCUCUCUCUAAAGUAAAUGAACUAGAUUUUUCGGGUGGGGUGGAUCUGGAGCACUCGUUGCUUGAGAGUGUACUUCGGUUCCUCGGUAAUCUCGAGUACAUGAGCCUUUCCUCGUGUCUCAAACUAAGUUGUCUCGCUGGCUUGCAGUACCUAUCCUCACUCCAGCAGCUCGAACUUUUGGGUUGUAAAGAGCUCGAUUUGUCGAGCCACAACGACGAGCAUGGCACCCAGUGGCGAUCCCUCGUGAAUCUCCGCCAUCUUAUAUUGGCACAACUUCCAAAACUCGUGGCAUUACCCGAGGGAAUUCAACAUGUCACCACUUUACAAUAUCUUGAGGUUGAUCGCUGUAAGGAACUGAAGAGUUUGCCGAAAUGGAUUGGAAAUUUCUCCUCGCUCCAUGAGCUUGAAAUUUAUGACUGUCCAAGUUUAAUGUGUUUGCCUGAUGGGAUGCGCCGCCUCACCUCCUUGAAGAAAUUGAGAAUCACUGGAUGUCCUGCUCUGGAAGAGAGGUGCCAAACGGAAAGCGGUGCGGACUGGGAAAAGAUUGCGCACGUUCCAUGCUUAUCAUUUGAAUCACGUGACUAUUGCCCCAAUUACAUUGAGGAUGAUAUGUCCUCCUAGUAUGUUAUUUACGAAUCGUUGCGUUUGAACCUAACCACUGCUGUGCGGCACGAGUGAUCAGCUCUCCACAGAGUCUUAAGGACAUUGCUGGGACCAUUCGGUCGGUGCUUUUAAACGCCAAGAAGCGACAAUGGCAAUCGAAUAUUUUAGUUGAGUCGAAUAUUUUCCCUCAUAAAUUUCUUCUUCGGUUGUUUUGCACACUUGUAUAGUUGGGUUUGUAAUAUGUAUUGUGAUUGGAAUACUACUUGUUUGUGUAUGAAUGGACGCUGUACCUUUACUCAAUAAAUCCCGGU